UCAUUCCUCCUCCCGAUACGAAUCGCCGGCCCAGCGCGAACCGAUCCAGACGCGAAUUGGUGAGAAGCCAAGGAAAAGAAAAAUCCGGAGCGCCACGUACCCCUUUCUCCUUCCUCCCUCCCGCAGCUGCGAAUCUCCUCCGGCGCUGCCUCCUUCCUCGGAUCAAUCGCAUCUAUUGCGAACGACCAGCCAUGGCCGGGAAGCUAAUUGCAAACCUUAUUGUCAUGGGCUCUGCGAUUAUAGGAAGAGCUAUGCUUCAGGCAUACCGAAAAGCACUUGAAAAUGCAAAUAAAACUGGUGUGGCCCAUGAAGCAAUCAACAAUAUCCGUAGGGCCAGCAAGACAAUGACCGAGCAAGAAGCGAGGCAGAUAUUGGGUGUGACUGAGCAGUCGACAUGGGAAGAGAUUGCACAGCGGUAUGACAAGCUAUUCGAGAGAAAUGCGACAUCUGGGAGCUUUUACCUCCAAUCCAAGGUUCACCGGGCCAAGGAGUGCCUAGAAAACGUGUACCAAAAGAACAAGCAAGAUGGAACUCCUACCUGAAAUUCGCAUCUUUAGAAUCCACUGCCUAGAUACUGUAACCUACUAUACGCCCUUUGUAUCAAAAAACGUAUAAUAUUUUGAUACAGAGGGAGUAUAUUCUUUCCCCCCUCUUGAGAAUGUACAUACCAACAAUGGUUGCUGCUGUUGUAUCAUCAAUAAAAAUUGAGCGCAGCGACGGUGAGCUCUUUAGAGAACUAAUUGUAAGCCAUCACCGAAUUCUCGUAUGGCAUUCAGUAUGAAAUUUUGUUGUUUUCAUUUGAUGAUUCCAUGAGCCGUAGCAGCCGUGCUCUUGCACUAUUGGUCCAUUCAGUGGCAUCUUCAUUCAUGUGAAAAUGGAACCAUUUCUUCU